CGGGGAGAGACAAAGGCGGCGGCGGCGGCGGCGGCGGCGGCGCUGGGAUCCGCGGCCAGCGCCGAGGAGCCCCCGCCUUCCCCCCCGGACUUGGGAGUGGCCGGCCCGCUCGCCCUGCCCUUCCUCUGCUGGGGCGCUUCUCCGGCUGUCAUACUGUCUGGAGUGGUUCAUGUCUGUGAGUACCAACCUCAGUGCAGACUGUCAAAAAGCAAGGCAGACACCCAAAGCUGGCUGUAUGUUGUAUAAUUAGAUUUCACCAACCUAGUAGCAAAUGUUAAUGCCUAUAACAGUCUUAACAUGGAUCCACAGACAGUCCCGCUUGUGCAUUCCAGUCUAUCUACAGACCAGUCACUUAUUGAAGAAUUCAAGUCGGUUGGACGAGCUUUCUGGAACAUAACAUCUUUAUCUGCCAAAAGUGAGGAGAUGGCAAGUGACUCUCUGUGACUUAAAAGAGCAUCAAGGCGCCUGUAUCACCUGGGACCAAGGCCACAGGAUGAUCUUAAUGGCCACAUUAAUGAAAUAAUUUUAAGGAAAAAGCAGCCUUCUUUUAUCUAGCUCCUGUAGUUCAAGUUUUACUCCCAUACAGGAAACCUAGUCUCAGACAUUGAUAUUAAUUACCUCUCAAUCUUCCUGAAUGGGGAAAGGAAAUCAUUAUCAGUUUUGAUUAAAUACUCAGUGGGAGAAAUUAGCAGCUUCCAGGCGAGUUGAAGAGAGAGAUUUGGGAUCAUUUUUAAAAGGGAAAAAAAAGGACAAUCCAAUUUUGCUGCUUUAAAUCACUCCAGGGUAAAACAAAGCCUCUCCCCUUGCCAGUGAAGAUAACUGAAUUGCUUUGUUUGACCUAAACACCUGAUCAUAGGGAAAACCUGUGAACCUGUGACAACCUUUCUCUUUGCCUUACCACGGUCACUGAGUCACAGGCUGACAGCCAGACUAAGGAACCCAAAGGAAAGAUGGUCGCCAUCAAGAAGAAAAAUCUGAAAAUGUUUAUGCUUGCCUUAUUGUUUGUCAUCACGAUAAUGUCGUUCUUGCUGAAUUACACUCACAGUUCGAUGACGGUCACCUUGGAUCCCAAGCAGAUUGUCAUGCAGUUAAAAAAACUAAUGAAAUACUCCCAGAGACCAUGCAGCUGUAGUUCAUGUGUUUCCGAGCUGGGACUUUCCUUCUGGUUCGAUGAGAGGUUUAAUCAGACUGUUCAACCUUUCCUGACCACUCGGAACACCUUCAUUCCAGAGGAGAGCUACAAGUGGUGGCUGAAAUUGCAAGGAGAGGGCAAUCCUAAAAAUAUCAACGACACAAUCAAGGAAUUGUUUGAGAUCAUUCCCGGAGACGGGGAGCAGCUGCUGGAGAGAGACGCAUCCCGGUGCAGAAGGUGUGCUGUCGUGGGAAACUCUGGGAAUCUUAGGCAAUCUCAAUACGGCCAAGAUAUCGAUGCCCACGACUUCGUGCUCAGAAUGAAUCGCGCUCCAACCGCCGGGUUUGAAUCAGACGUUGGAAGCAAAACCACUCACCACUUUGUUUACCCCGAGAGCUUCCGAGACCUGGCAGAAAAUGUCAGCAUGAUUGUGAUCCCCUUCAAAACACUGGACCUGCGCUGGAUUGUCAGCGCCCUCACCACGGGCACAAUAAACUUCACAUAUGUUCCGGUUCAACGUAAAAUCAAAGUGAAAAGAGACAAGAUCCUGGUCUAUCACCCAGUUUUUAUCAAAUAUGUUUAUGACCACUGGCUGCAGCAUCAUGGAAGAUACCCCUCGACAGGCAUUCUAUCAGUGAUAUUUGCACUCCACCUAUGUGAUGAGGUGGAUGUGUACGGUUUUGGAGCAGACAGCAAUGGCAACUGGCAUCAUUACUGGGAAAACAAUGGUUCUGGGGGGGCUUUUCGGCGAACCAUGGUCCAUGAUGGGGAUUUCGAGUUCAAUAUCACUUUGACUCUUGCCUCUAUUGACAAAAUACGGUUUUUCAAGGGCAGAUGACCCUUAUCACAGGCAGGGAUUUGUGGCUGCAAUUUCCAGCAGGGGGCAGUUACUGAAGUGUUUGAAGUGGUUUAUCGAAGAUUAUCUUGGGAGCUGAUCAUAUUUGACUAUCAGACUCUGCAGCUGAGGAAGUGUGUCUCACUGCUGUGACGAUCAUUGAAUGAAAGUAGCAUGCAGUAGUGGUUCCAUACUGCACUUGACUUCCUUAUGUCAGAAUAGAGACAUUGGGGACCUAAGGAUCAAUUAUGGGGAAUAAAUGAUGUGCAGAAUCACAGGGACUUAUUAAAUCUUGAAAUACUAUGAGAGAUGUGCCUAUUGCUGUUAGGGUAAACUAGGGAAUCAUUUUUUAGGAAUUACUGUAUGUGUGUGCGCUUUCCUUGCAUAAGGCAGGAAUGCCCUGAAGAGGAGAGGUGAAAACAGCUUCCUGAAUGUCCCAUCAACAUGGCUGGCUGUGAACACUGUAGUAAGGAUUACCUCAAAAGAACACGUUCACUUAUUCUGCUGUUAAUCUUUUCUUUAAACCAUUUCUUCUCUUCACUGUGUCAUUUCUGGUUCUGCAUUGUAUUAUGGACAAAGGUGAUGUACCUGACUUGCAAGCAGUAAUGGCUACUUUUGGCAACAUAUCAGUCCGCAUCUAGAAAUUCUGGAUCAAAUCCUUCAUCUCCAAUUAACUGCAUAUUUUAAUGUAGCAUCCUACACAGCCAUAAUGAGACAAAGAAAAACAAAAUAAGAUUGUGUAUGAAAAUGCCAACAAAAAUGCUCUUUUUAGCCACUGGUUUGUUUGGGUUUCUUUAAAUAUAAUUUUAUUUUAUUUUAUUUUUUUGAUAGGUACUCUGAAUGCUAAUUUUUGUUGAAUACAUUCAAGGUAGAGCAGUGGACAUCUUUUUUCUUUCAGUGGUUUACAUGUGCCUUUUAUAUUUGUGCAACAGAUGUAAUUUUUUUUUAAAGACAAAAAUCCCUAAAUUAAACUUUUAAUAGGAAAAAAAACAAUUAACCAAAGCUUAGUCUCUAUAUGGUAUAAUUUUGUAUUCUAAACUAAUAAUGACAUCUCCUAUAUUCUACUUGAUGAGGGGAAAAAAACAAGGGUAGUUUUUAAAGGUAACUUUUACCUUUUAAAAAAAAAAAGAAAAAAAAGAAAAAAAUCCAAAAGUUGAUAGGAAAUUUUUUACUCUAUUUUUUACAACUUAGAAGGCAAUAUCUAUUUAAUUGUAUUUAAGUGAAAGUAUCAGGUAUAAGGAUGUGAGCUAUAGGAGUGAAUAGAACUGUAUGGGCAUCUACCAGGGCAUAUCCUCUAUGUACUGAUUCUGCGGUAUGAUCCAGACCUUGGAAAGAUUUGUGUCUUUAGACAAAUGCAUAUGUUAACAUCAUUACUUCUAUGCAGCAAGGGCUGAAUAAGAAAUGUUGUACUGGGGACUUUGUACAGAUUCUUCCUAAAAUCUGUUUGACCUUCAUUUCUAUUUUUCAUUGAUAUUUUAAACAUGAAUUAAAGUAUGAAAUCGGGAGGGGAGGGUGAUUUGAGGACGGUAGCACUUGCUUCAUAAUAUCAUGAAGAUGGGAUUCAAGGAAUCUAUGAACCAUAUCCAAUGCCCCAGGAAGCCAGGGCCAGUCUUCCCACUGAACUUCAGUGGGCUCUGGAGCAGAUCCUGAAAGAGCUGCUGGUAUGAUAUUUUUCUUGUUUGGGUUUUUUAUUGUUUCUUUGUUUGUUUUUGUUUUGUGUUUGUGGAACUGGAAUCUGUGGUAAUUAAACACACACACAUACCACUCUGAAGUCAAUGGAGUUUUGCCACUGACUUCAUUAAGGCCAGGAUUUCAGACCCCCAUUUUUGCUGUGUCUGGUUUUUAUGAGUGUGUGUCAUGGCAACACUAAGCCUAACCCUCACAAUGUCAUGGCAAGAUCAGUUCAAUUCUCUCUAUUUAUGACUUCCAUCCUCCAACCACUUGCCAAUGUGAGUAACUUUACACACACAAGCUGCCCCACUGGAUUCACGGAACAUGAAGGACAAGCUUCACACACUUCAUUUUCACAGUAGCGGCCAACCUUUUCCAUAACAGGACACCCCCACACCCACCCAUGACUCUCCAUCCAUUUAGCCAUAACACCCUCCCUUUAGCAAUGGGGAAGGUCAGAGUUCUCGAAAUCCAACAACUGUUAGUAACCCUGACAUUAAGAGCUGCUGCCCUAGAAAGAUGGCCAAGAGAGCCACCCACAUGCAUGUUUCUAGGAUAAGCGCAUGAUUCUGCAGUUGUAACAACACUUGUUUUCUCUUCUAAAAUCACUUUGUAGAAGAAUGAACAAUAUCCACCUGAAUCAAAUUUUUGAUAUUACCACUUUUUAAUGAUUAUUAUAAUUCAGUGUUUCCCAGUCAGGUGACAAACUACCGUUUCCCUCAAAAUGGUUGCUUUUAAAAAAAAAUACUCUGAGAAUUUGAUUUAACAGCAGUGUAAUGUUUUCAGUCUGUGCUUGGGUGGCUGGGUUUUGCAGAAUCUUGUACAACUUGAACACUGUUUUUGCAUUUCUUUUGUAAAUGAUAAAGUUUGCUGAUAAAUUCCCUGUAUAUUUAAGUCAUUUCUGGGGGAGCCUUUCAAAUGUGCUCUUGGCAGUUCAGCAGCGAACUGCCAUUGGCUUGUAAUAGAAGUUGGCAGUUUGGUGUCAAACUCCAAUUGAAAAUCAGUGGGAUCUGAUUAUCUAACUUCCAGUUUGCUCUGUUCAUCCAACUGGUUUCUAAGUGAAGAGACAGCAACAGAAGCCAUUGGAGAAUUCCAUUCCCACUGCCAGUAUUUUCAACUGACUUCCUGCUAGGAACUGAGAAUUGUCUUUUAAAAAAAAAAAAAAGCUAUAACAUUAAAUCUUGAACUGCAUUUGCUACCAAUGCAAAAUUUCCAAAGCACUUCUUGAUUGUGUGGUUUGUUUUUAACCAAACUGAAUUUCUUGAGCACUUUUUUUUUUUUUGGUCUCCAGAUGCUUCUUCAUAUUUCUCUUUCCUUGGAGCAUAUUGAUUAUUAUCAUCAUUUCUGUCUGAUUGAAGGGAGUCUGGGUCACUCAUACUUUGACAUUUUAUUUAUUGUUGAAGUUUUCAUUUCAGUAAGAAUCAAAAUAAAUUUUUUAUUAUAAUCAA